UAUUUUCAUAAUACUCGUCGGUAUUCAUUCGACUACAUCCACACAAGAAAAAAUAGAAGAAGAAAAGUUAGAGAUGUUUUUCUUGUUAUUACAGCUCGACUUGCACAACCUUGAGGACAUGCCUUAAGCAGCAAACGUGGGAGUACCAGCUGGUGGGAGGUACCUCAUACUUCCAUUUAGACUCGAUUCCAGUGAUGAAGAAAUGGAAACAGAAGAAGAAGAAGAAGAGGAACCAACUCGGUUGACGGCGGACUCAACCGGUAUAUGGAUUUCGUUACCGGUAUCCGAUUUUGUUUUUGAACUGCUACAAGUGUCAUUUAGGUCGAUGAUAGUGAUGAUGAUAUGUGGAGCAUUGGAACAUUUGUUUUGGUCGAUGAUGACCCGGAUCAGAGUCACUGGCACCAUUCCACACAUCCUGAUAGUCCUGGGCCAUGUCAAACAUUGAGGAUACCGGAUGAGGAGUUCGUCAUCAACGGCGUUAGAUUAUCCGAAGCUGUCAUCAGAUAUCCAUGAAAAUCCGGAAGACUAGUUAGCUAGCAAUAUUUAGUAUGAGUUAGUUUAGCUGAAUGUAGUUGUAUAUUUAUAUUUUUUAAAAAUUUUAAGUUGUAUAUGUAUUUUGUAUGAGUUAGUUUCCCUGAAUGUAGUUGUAUAUUAAUUUUUUUGUUAACUAUAAGUUGUAUAUAUGUAAGCUAGAUUUAAAAAAUUGAAUAUAUGCUUUUAAAAAUA